AUGUGUUGGGAUUUCGAUGACGAUUUGGGUCUCUCUGAUCCCGAUGUGGUGCCUUUUCGAGGAAAGGAACUCUGCUAUCUCGCUCUCUUCUUCUCGGGUGCCGUCCUUCUCUUGGUGAUCAUGUACGAGGUUUUGAUGCCAGUCUUCAAUAAUCCCACUUAUCCUUUCUACAAUCAUGUCCUCGAUUAUUCCUAUCAUCCAUCAGUUAAAGGAGAGCUUGUCGCCCCAAGGCAUCCACGCGAUCUUUUUCAUUCGUCAUUUUCCUCUUCUGCGGGUAACCAAUCACUU